UACACCAUGUGCAAUAACUCUCCACGUUAGGCGCGAGUAUCGACCGUUUGUUCAGAAUAAUGGAAAGUAGCAGUAGUCAUACUUAACUUACAAUUAACCAUCGCUCUUGUCCACUUUGAAGGUUAUCAUUUUCAUAGACAUCAACACGUGGCCAAGUAGACGGUGUGUACAUGGCGAUUUUCACUGGAGGAGUUCUGGGCCCCGUUCGAAAAGCGAUCGCAGCGCAACGACAGUCGUAAGUCUAUGUUAAAGUAUGGUAGUUCCGAUCACUUAGAGCAAAGAUAGCUCUGUGGAACGGACCCCUGAACAUCGAAUGCGUUUGCGCAGAUCGUAUUAGGGCAACGACUCAUCGUAUGUAGUCUGUGUAGGUUUAAAGUUCACUGGGCUAGAUGCGCAUAAAACACAGGACUACCAGAUGCGCCGGAAUCUGAACAAAGUGUGGAGACGUGGAAUAAGAACAGUUAAUGGUUAUUAUGAUUGACUGACAUGUACUUCUGAUUGAUGGACUUCUGGCACCACUUUCAAAAAAGGAUUCCAAUCUGCUGGCACCAAGUAUGGAAGAGGAUAGUCACACCUGCAGGUGCCCAUGUCGAGAUCAGCUGCCACCGAAUCUGAAAGAGGGCGAUCUCCAGGAUAGAGUAAAGAAAACAUGCAUGACUAACAACGACGUCUCCCAAAUAUGGCGGGGCUUUCUACAGGAGACCACCUUGCAUGGGUGUAAGAACGCUGAAGACAGCCAGCGAGGGUCUGUACACAGGGUACUGUGGACACUCCUGGUCCUCGGGAUGCUGGGGGGUCUUCUCUUCACACUCUUCCAGUCCUACAAAGACUUCUGCGAAUACAGGGUAAUAUCUAAAACUCAGAUCAACGUGGAACGAGAAAUGCCAUUUCCUGCAAUAACUGUCUGUAAUAUGAACAAUAUAGAUGUCUUUGAAAAGAAUAUCUCCCAGACAUUGAAGAACUACUUAUUCAAUUUCACAAUCUAUGGCAAUCUUCCACCAGUUAAUUGGUCAGAUCCUAAAUCACGUGAGCUAGAACAACUCACGCUCAGCUAUGUAAAUGAACACUAUUCAACAAAUAUGUCUAAGUUCAUAUCGGCUGUGAGAUGGCGAGGUACUGGAGAAAUGACUUUUAAGCCAGUCAAUGCCUACGUUGGGAAAUGCUUCGUGGCGAACACCAAUCUUACAGAUGUAGCUAAAUCCACGUUUGAAGGCCGCAAUGGGGGACUGGAGAUGUUUCUCAACAUUGGGGAUGAAGGAGCGAUCAUGGAAGGGGACUUGACGGCAGGCGCAAUGAUAUUUCUGCACGAGCCCAAGGAAUAUGCGAGGACGUUGGAGAGCGGCAUCAUGCUGGCCCCUGGAAGCUCAUUCUUCAUCGACGUCAAGCAAAGCAAGUACAAGUACAUGCCUGCCCCCUACAAGUCGUAUGGCGACUCCUACUGCGUCGACGUAGACAGCACCUACAGCUACGACGGAUGCAUGCGAGCGUGGGCGUCUACACAAGCUGCCACAGCGUGUAACUGCACCAGCGUAAUUGAACCACUUGAGAUCCAGGAGAAGUACCCAGAUUGUUCCAUGCGCCAGUUCUCGGAGUGCUACGUUGUUGCUCAUGGAUAUUUUUUAAAACAAACACUACGUGAGGACUUCCCAGCUUGUCAGAAACCCUGUUCCUAUGUGCGGUACGAUACCGGAAUAUCCUUCGCCAGGUAUCCGUCUGAGCCGGCAGGUCACUACAUGGUCGACCUGAUACGCCAACAGGGACAUGCAAAUGUUACCGUUGACUAUUUAAGGAGGAAUUUAAUACAAGUUAAGAUAUACUACGACCGGUUCAUUACCCAGCGUGUGGAGUACUUCCCAGAAGUCACCAUCAACGGCAUACUGAGCAGCCUGGGUGGUCAGAUGGGCUUCUUCCUGGGAGCGAGUCUGGUGACGGUGGCGGAGAUAGGGCAGACGUUGUUCAUGAUGUUGUGGACGCUGAUGAGGAAGAUGAUGAAGUAUGGUGGCACCAAUACUAAAGUAGCUUCUCUCAAGUGAUAGGCCUACAGCUAAUUCAGUCGCGAAGGUUGUUGCUGUAGGUUCCCGGAUUUGGUGUUAGAAUAAUGCAGACGUUAAAUGCACAUUGUGCAUAGUUACUAUGUAAAAAUACCCCCCAUUAGCCUAUCAUACACGUGUGUCAUUCAUUGUGAAACAAUAGGUUUAAAGAAACAAAUGUAUUAUGACACAGGGAGUAAGAUUUGUUCCCCUUUGACCACUAAUGUUUCAUAUUUUGCGUUGAGCUUGGUUUGUCGCCCUUCACUAUAGCGCUUUCUUUCCACGUAUUUUAAUUAAACAAUAUGGCCGCAGUCAAAUUAGCAAAAUGUUUGUGUUACCAACUGCUAAGGGUUUUGAGAAAUAUGAUGCCAGAGGGAUCUCAAACAAACGCUAAGAGAAAGGGGACAGGGGCACAGAUGCCUGACAUAAUGGAUGCGUUGAGGAAGAGUGCGAGUGAUGCUGAUUUUGUCACCAGCAGCCAUCCGGGGGAAUACGGCGCCCAAAUUGGUUUGCUGUCGCCGUAUAUGUCGGACAAAGCCACGGUAAGCUAACUGGAGAAAGAGUGUGUUGUGUUCGAGGCCACGAUGAAGAAGUUACAGGUUGAAAACAGAGUUGGCAGCUUUCUCCCAAAGGCUGACCUCAAGAGUGCGUACAGAUCUGUACGACUACACCCAAGUAGCUAGGGCACUACAGGACUGUGCUAGAGGUCGUUUAUGGAUUACCGACCUCUCAGGUCUGUCAAAACUAUUAUGAGGACUUUUCCUACAUCAACCUGCAAGUCGACAUGGGUGUAGUUAAAGUAUGCACAUAAAGUUUUAGGAGACUUUGGCACUCAUUUUCCCUGCUUCGAGAUGGUGCUAGUCAUGGAAGAAGAAUGUAAUUAUUACAUCUGAUAAUAUCUGAGCUAGAUCCUUUAUCAGUCAAGGUUCAUGUGAUAAUCUAUAUUAGUGUAUUAUAUAAGUAAUCUGUUCAGUGAUAUUUUACAUUGUUGCUUUAAGGUAGAGUUUCUGUUACAUGAACACGUGCAGCAGGUCAAAACAUGCACUAUUGUGUGAUAAUCAACAAAACGCCUUGUCCUGGGAACUUUUUUGUUGACCAGUGAAGAUCAGGGGUAGAAUAGGUCUUUAGCAACCCAUGCUUGCCGUAAAAAGGGUCUAUGCUUGUCGUAAGAGGCGACUAUUUGGAUCGGGUGGUCAGGCUUGCUGAUGC